AUGUAAUCAUAACAUGCAUAGAGUAUUUCUACUGGAUAUCUACUCCAAAAAAACUAUAUUAAUAAACUCUAUACACUUUCAGAUAGUGUCUGUUAAUAAAGAAAGAUUGUUAUUCCAAAAUAAAUCAGUUUAGAUAAGGAAUAAUUAUAUGAAGAGUUAAUUCGAGAGAAAUAACAUAAUAAGGCUUUGUAAAAUGAAAUAAAUAAACUAAAAGCAAGGUUAUAAUGUUAUGAAAAGGAUUUAGUUAUUUAAGGUGAGGUGGAUUAUAAAAGGGAAUUAAAAUAAGCAUUAAUAAGAUUGAAAAAUAGGGAAGAAGAAGUUAUUGAAUUGAUGCAAAGCACAAACUAUAAAAAAGUUAUUGAGUUAGAGAAAACAAUUUAAUAAUUAAGAUUAGAAUUAGGGAAAUAUCAUAUAUAUUAAAAGUUUUCAGGAAACACUGAGUCAAUAAUUAAUGAUAAUAUAGAAUUAUUCUAAAAAUUAUAAUAAUCGACUUAAUAAAUCAAGGAAUUAGAGAAAAUAAAAGUAGAUCAUUUCUCAAUUUCUAGAAAACAUCAAUAAUUAUAACUUGUAUUAUAAGCAAAAGAUUAGUAAUUAUAGAAAUUUAGAGAAAGAGAUCAUUUAAGUGAAAUGAAUGUUAAGCAUUCUAAUAAAAAUGAAUUUUAAUUGAGAGAAGAGUUAAUAACAAAAGAUGAAGAAAUAUCUCAUCUCAAAACUUAAUUGACUAUUGCUCGAAAAACAAAUGUAGAGGAUAAAGCACUUAUAGAAUAAACAUAAUAAGAACUUCAAUAAAAAAUAAAUUAACAUGAAUAUGAGAGACAGAAUUAUAAAGAGAGGAUAGAACAUUUAUAAAAAGAAAUCUAAUAAUUAUCUGAAAAAGCAAGAAAUUUUGAUAGAUAUUUGACUGUAAAUUAAAAGAGAAAAACUACAUAUGUUGAUGAUUAAUAGUCAAAUUCUUAAUAUACAUAAAUUUAAGAUAAUGAUUAAAUGGUGAAAAGUGUAUAAAAAAACUAGGUUGAAGAUAUUGUUACUGAACUAAAAUUAACAUUAAGAAAAAAUAAUAUAUCCUUAUAAGAUGCAGAAAAAGUACUUUUACAAUUAAUAUUAGAUAUUAUUUAAAGGUAAUGAAAUAUCAAUCUAAGAGUUGGAGUAAUUAUUAGGAAGAGAACCAUUUAAAGUAUUAAGUUCAAAUAUGUUAGCUAGGUACAUGAUAGAGGAUAUUUAAGAUAAGUAUAUCUUUUUAUUAUAUUUAAUAGAGAAUUCGAGUAUAAUCCUGAAUUGAAAUCUUCAGUACCUCAUGUUAGAAGUGUUUUUCGAACAUUAUUGUAACACUAUUCAUUAAAUUUUGAUGAUUAAACUCUUUAAACAGUUGCUAAGGCUUGCUUAUAAAUAUUCGAAUUUUGUACAAGAAAAAAUAUUUCUAAACUUAAUUAAUAAGAAUUUUUGGAUAGUAUAUCACAAUUAGAUUUAUAAUGGAAUUCAAAAUGCUUUGAUUGUUUUCAGCAAUUAUAUUAUAAUAAAUAUAAAGGGUUCCUGCAAUUUGAUAUCCAGAAUAUAAAAAAAUUAUUUGAAUAAUAUUAGAUUUAGUGA